GCUUAUGAGAGUGUUUCAUGGGGCUGUCAAAGUGAGGCGAGAUGCGUCCGCGAAAAGUCAUAGCUUAUUUCGAACUAAUGCGGUAAAACAAUAGCCAUUAUUUUUUUGGUAUGCGGUUGUUAAUUCUCGUGCAUUCCAUCGAGGUGUCCGGCAUAUUUUUUUUGCACAUUUCAUUUAGCUCCAAGUUGUUUAUCGGAGUAUUUUUUUCACCAGCAAUGGGAUUACUUUUGUGAUACUCCCGAUGAACCUCGGGUACGUUUGAUUCAAGAAUUUGUAAGUGUAUGUGAGUGUGUGUGCGUGAUGUGUUCCUGUAUGUGAGUAUAUGUGUAGCGUUCGAAGGAUUCCGAGGGCUCGUCGUAUGGAACGUCGUCUUGCGUCUCACUCAUCAAGGUCCAUCUGUAUCUCACCAGUUUUUUUAUUACCCUCAUUAUCUUCGCCAAAUAUUAAGGGGCUGCGUGAAACAUUUUCGAAAUUCCACCUCCAAAUCAUUCAUUGGCAAGAAUGUUGGCGAGUCUGCCCAGCGGAUGGAUGAGGAGGGGCCUCCUCUUCCUGGUCCUCAUAACCGGAGUCCUUCUCAUCGCGAUGUAUGCCAAUGCACCCCCACUAGCAUCCCUUCAACCAUUUGCUCCACGGAGUUUGAAAGGAUUGCCAACGCGCCUAUUCGCACCUCCGGCGUUAAAUGGCACUAAGAAAAACUCGGGAGACCAGCUAAUUAAGUUCCUCAAAGAUUUCAGAACCUUCGACAGCCCCUGGUCAUGGGUCUGCGUGGCUGGAAGAUGUGAAAGGAGGGCGGUUCGUUCAUCAAGAACGUCACUGGCUUCCUGCACAGCCGUGUGUGGUGGCAACACGAGGCUGCUCUGGCCACGACCAACCGGGAACAUUUAUCUUGGGGAGGAGAGCGUUAUGCUGUAUCUGCAUCAGAUCGAGUUCGUCACGUUCGACACCGGUGACCAGAAAGUGAAAAACCUGCUGGAGCAUGCCAAGGACAUUUUUGUGGGCAAUGUGAGGAGCCUCAUCAAGAUGCCAAACGCCAUUGGACGAUCGAACAUCGACAAUUUGAUCAUUUACCUUAGCGCCGGUGAUGCCAAAAGUGCUAAGCUUGCCUUGGACACCGAUGAGUCCUACAAACUGGAGGUCACCUUGAAAGGGAAGCUCCUGGAGGCUAAAAUAGUUGGUCGAAGCUUCUAUGGGGUUCGCCAUGGCCUGGAAACCCUCAGCCAAAUGAUAUGGUGGGACGAAACCGCUGGGAGACACGGGGCUCUGCGAAUACUCUCCAAUGCUCGAAUCGACGACAAGCCCAUGUUCCACUACAGAGGAUUGUUGAUUGACACCGGAAGACAGUUCUUCCCUAUCGAGCAGCUCAAGAGAGUCCUCGAUGGCAUGGCUGCCUCCAAGCUCAAUACCUUUCACUGGCAUCUCACUGACUCCCAGAGCUUCCCCUUCGACUCAGCUCUCUUCCCUCAAAUGGCACGUUGGGGAGCCUACAGCGGUGAUCAGGUGUACACCCCAGAAGAUGUCAAGGAUCUCGUGGACUAUGGACGAGUCCGGGGCGUCAGAAUCAUCGUGGAAAUUGACUCACCUGCUCAUGCUGGGGCUGGAUGGCAAUGGGGUACAGAGCAUGGAUUCGGGGAUUUGGCUCUUUGCGUGGACCAGGAACCCUGGUCCUCUUACUGCGGAGAGCCCAACUGCGGACAGCUCAAUCCGAUCAACGAACAUUCCUAUCGGAUUCUAGAAGGUCUGUACCGUGAGCUCCUGGAUUUGACGGGGGUCCGUGACAUCAUUCAUCUGGGUGGUGACGAGGUCAACCUGGAUUGCUGGGCUCAGUAUGGCAACAUAACUGCAUCGAUGCAGGCCCAGAAUAUAACGGACUUGCAUACCUUGUGGGCAGAAUUCGAGACGAAAAUUCUCCACAAAGUCAUCAAAGCCAAUCACGACGAGAUUCCCAAAGCUGCCAUACUCUGGAGCUCACCACUCACUAAACGACCUUGGAUCACAAGCAACUUUGAUCCCAAAGUUCACGUCAUACAAUCUUGGGGUGGCAGCAACUGGCCCGAAACUAUUGACCUCCUGGAGGAUGGCUUCCGUGUCAUCAUUUCUCACGUCGACGCCUGGUAUCUCGACUGUGGCUUUGGAAGGUGGCGCGAAACUGGCGAAGCUGCCUGUGGAGAGUACAGAACUUGGCAAACCGUUUACAACCAUCGGCCUUGGCGGGACUAUCAAUCCCCCUUGCAUCUCGUCCUUGGUGGGGAAGCUGCCAUUUGGACUGAACAAACUGGACAGGCGUCGUUGGGACCUCGACUAUGGCCCAGGGCAUCCGCGCUCGCUGAAAGACUAUGGAGUGACUUGCCGACGAACAGCUAUUCAACGGAGGAAAAUGUAUACACAAGGCUAGCCUCACACGUGGAACUUUUGCAAAGCCGAGGCCUGAAAACUGAAGCAAUGUGGCCACAAUGGUGCUCGCAGAAUCCAGGAAAGUGCCUCUGACCGAUCACCGCAACUUAGACCAUUCGAAAUGCUUCGAAAUAAUAAUAACUGCGAUCGUUGAAAAACCGAAAACGUUGCGGAACAUCGUGAAACGAAAACAAAAACAAAAAGUAAACAAAAUUCAAAGAAAAAAAUAUGAAUUACGAUGUAAGAUAAGUAUUCUCAGCAAUAUUUGAACGGAAAACAUAAGUUUUUCUAGAUAGGAUAGUUAGAUACGAAAAUUCAAUGGCAUUGAAACAAAAGAAAAAUGUUGUAUUCGAGGCUUGAACAUACGACGGAAAUGGGCACGUGGAAUUUCAUUUCUUUGCAAUAUUCUUUAAUUUAUUUACAAGUAUUUUAAAGAAACUUUUAUUCUUACACGACUGUUCAGGAUUAAAAAAUUUUUUAUAACAUUUUUUUCAUUUGCUAUAUUUAUUUUUUAUACUCGGUUGUUUUUUUUAAAUCGUUUUUGAAAAUUCGGGUCAUUCGAAAGUAAUGAAACUACUGAAUCGCACCCAUUUCCGAAUCACUGUCAAAUAGCGUGAUGCAGAGUUUUCUUAUCACGAAAAAAUAACGGCUGGUAGAACAGAAAUCGUAAAUGAAAAAAAAUGUGCAAAUAAAUUUUGAUGACUCACGCGUUUCGUACCUAUCAUAGACCGAAUUUUAUUACUAAUACGGGGCUAGUUUUCAUUACAGGGUCCAACGAAGGGCUCCAACGAAGAGCAUAGUUUUAUAAAUAGCUAAAAAUUAAAAAUAAAUCGAUAUUAAAAUGAUUAGUUGUGAUGCGACGUCGAAAAAAAAAACGUAACUUCGAACGAGUCCUUGAAAUAAGUUCCAAUAAUGGUCCCCAUGGUAACUUGAGACUUGCGUGGAUAAGUGUGGCCCAAAUAAGUGGCAGAUGAGACUUUUCUCCUCUCCCUCGAUUAAUACUAGGGGUAUUGUCAAGGCCAGUUGCAAAAAUCACUGCAUUUGGGACUUAUGACGUCACAUUCAUUACGAAUCGAAGAAAAAAAAUCGUAGGUGUACCUUAAUUGGAUCCCAUUUGCCCACUCAAGCCUCAAGUUCCAUUUGGGACCUUUUAUACUUUAUUUGGGACUCGCGACAAAAACACGUUUAUUUUUAGUAUUAAUUCGACGAGUAGACUUGUUCGUAGUAUUUCUUACGAAGUGAGCGUUAAAUUUUCAAAAUGAAAAGAAAAAACAAAUUCAAAAUAGAAUUAAGCUGGAUUUUCAAUAUUUCUUUUAAAACAUUAUUUUUAAUUCGGAUUUCUGUUCUUCGUGGCGUAUUACACGAUAGAAAAAUUUGUUGGAAUAUAAAUGUUCGAGACAGUUUGAGUUAAUGUACAGAUAUAUAAGCUCGACGAUUCGAUGUAUGACUGCGACGAGAUUGAGAGCCGAUGGGUUUUGAAAGAAUGUGUUUGUUAUCGGGCACGUCUUUGAUAAUUAAUCAUUUUGAAGACCCCGAAAAAAACGAUAAAAAAAUAUUGUUAAAACAAAAUUUUUGACAAAAUUUCGAACGCUAUUAUUAUUAAUAUUAUUAUUGAUGCUAAAUGAAAGCGAACGAACUCUCAAUCACGUAGAUGGUAUUAAAUUAUUGAUUUAUACUUAAAUAGCAAGCGCUAGGAACAUCGAUGAUAAAAUUCAUUGUGAAGAUACAUUCGAAAGAGUACAAACUUGACGAAAUAAUCGAAUUCAUUUUUUCGAAUAAUGUUUCACUUAUUUGUCCAAAAAAACACUGGAGUUGAACUCAGGUUGCUCCACGUAUUCAAGCGCAAUAAGUUGUUAGUCUUUUUUACAUAGGUUUUUUGUUUUGUUUUGUUUUUUUUUGUUUGCAGUAUGUAGAAAUAUACAUUAUGAAUCUCAUGAGUGAAGCUUAAUAAUUCUUGGAGCCCGAUCGAUAUUUCUUUGACUUGAGUCAUGACUCAACAUUUGACUCGAAUUCGACUCUCAAUUAAAAUCAGAAAUCAGACUCUGGAACUCAAGUCUAGACUCAUUGCUGAGUUGAGUUGAAAAGUCAACUCAAAUUGACCAACUUCAUUGGACUCAAAAUCUAAUGUGAGUUACAGCUCAAGUGUAAAACUUAACUCAUGACUCAAAUCGAAACUUGAGUCGUAAUUCAAGUUGAUCCUUCGAUUCGGACGUUGUCGUUUAAAAUGAAUAUUUUUUUUUAAGUCGUUACAUCCAAUAUGAGGCGGUGUUUUGGAAUUAAAAUCUAUAAUGUUUGACCAUUAUAUUCGGUUUUGUGACGGUCUGGGAUGGUUGUGAUGAGUACGAUUAGAAGUGAGGUGACACGUGAGUUAGUGAUGAAUUAAAACGAAAGUUAUGCGACUGUGGCAAGAAAGUAAUGCAAUUAUUGUAGGGCUCGAGUUAAAAAAAUUGUUGUUUCUUUUUUUUUACUUUCGUAAAUGUGAUCCAAUGCAGAUAUGAAUUAUUAUUUCCUUUUUUUUUUUAAUUUUUCAUAAUCAAGAGGUUGAUUUUAUUCAAUGAAGCAGGCGAUUCUCAAUCGUUUCUUUUUGCAAACACUUAUUGGUCGAUUGUCGACGAAAUAUUUAGAUUAAAAAGCGAUGAGAAAAAUCGGCUGCGAGGAAAAUAAAAUAAUGUAAAUAGGCUGAAAUCGCAGCGGCAAAAGUAUGUAAAUACGUAUGAACACGAAGCAAAUACAAGCGAAAAAAAGAGUGAGAGAAAGAGAGUAAAUAAUCUGUACUUAUGACAUUUCAUUGACAUUUUGUGGCUGUAAAAGAGGCUAAUACUUAAAAAAAUUUGUCCUAUUAAGUUGACGAAUUGAUUGAGUGUUUCACGUAUACAGCAAAUCGUCAAUGGUACUUUCAAUGACAAUUUAUAUAUGUUGCAAAGAAAAUAAAAGACCUGAAAAAAAGAA